AUGUCUUCGGUAGAAGUGACGGCGGUAGUGGCAUCCAUAGUCUCUGCCUUCGCUAGUGGCAUGGACAUCUUCAAACGCAUGAAAGCGAAACAAAGAUCCAAGAAGAACAGAACCAAGCCCGGCAGACUUACUGAAGAAGAAUGGCAGCUUCAAACUUCACUGCAAGAUCGUCCCCGAGAGAUCAAAGCGGAAUAUGAUCGCAAUCUUGCUCGGCUUGGGAAUCGUUUCGCUGUUGGUGACAGCACCGCACAGACUUCCUUGAACCAUACACUCCUAAUCCUUAAUACUGGCCUUAUACAAAUCCUGUCACAUGCACUUUCCAACGAUACUAAGGCCCAAGCACUGUCCAGAAGAUCAUUACUCAACCUCUCGGAGAACGCAGCGGCAGAUGCGGUGCGAGCCCUUGAACAAUUGGAGGGUCGAUUGUCUUCGACUUCCAAGUUGACGCUGACAGCUCCAUUAGCAACCAAUAAAAAGCCUCGGAAAAAAGGAGAGGGAACCUCAAAAGGUGUUGCUGGCCCACCCAAAGCUAGACCUGCUCACAAGCCACGGUCGAAGUUGUACUCAACCACAGAGCGUAAGAGGCCAGGACCUGAUCCCCUAGUCCGUGGAGCGUGGGUGCGUUCAAAAAGUGGGACCUCAGUGAUUACUUCAUCUUUUUCAUCUUCUGGGACAGCGACUCCCAAAAUUGUCGAUCUCAAAGCCGUUUCUGCCUCCUUAGUUCCGUAUGGCCUGUCCCUCCCUCGUCUCUCUCAUUGUCGCACCAAAUCAUCACCCUCUUACCCCUCGAGACUGAGCCAGGAACGACCGCCAGAUCAUCAUCGAAAAGAGAGUUUCUCUUACCUAGAUCAUUCACCACCAUCAUAUGUUGCAUCCUCGGAGCAGAAAGAGCAGCAUUGCCCUAAUAGACACCCUUCUCUACUCCUUGCGUCUCCUGAAGUAUUUACCGACAUUCAAACCAUGUUCUCCCAAUCACCGUCCUUACCACCGCCUCCACCCCCCAAAAUCCCUCUUCAAAACCCCAUUUCCGGCCAAGAUGCUACACUUUCGGCACCACGUAUGCGUGUUCGCCCUCCAUCCGUAGCAACCUUUAUGACCGCCAGCACCAAAAUCGGCGAGAUUCCCGAGCACAGAUGGCUCAAUCACCAUAACAACAACAAUUCAGAUCAAGCACACCCAAUCCUCCCAUGGGAAGAACAGCAGUAUGCGAACAAGCCACUCCCAUACACCAUCCCGCCCAGGCUGGAGGACGAGCCAGCGCCAAAACGAAAGGGAUUGGGUUUUAAGUUCUGGAAAAGGGAUACGUGA